GGCCGCAGCCUGCACGCGGCUGCUGUCCUCCUGCUGGUGAUCUUAAAGCAACAGCCUUCCAGCCCAGCCCCACUCAACGGAUCCAAGUGGACCUAUUUUGGUCCCGACGGGGAGAAGAACUGGUCCAAGAACUACCCAUCGUGCGGGGGCCUGCUGCAGUCCCCGAUAGACCUGCACGGCGACAUCCUCCAGUACAACGCCAGCCUUGGGCCCCUCGCCUUCCAGGGCUACAACGCGUCUGCCAACCAGCCCUUUAUCCUGACCAACAAUGGCCAUUCAGUGAAGCUGAAAUUGCCCAAGGACAUGCAAAUCCAGGGCCUUGGGGCCCGCUACAACGCCUCACAGCUGCAUCUGCACUGGGGGGACCGGAACGACCCCCACGGCUCCGAGCACACUAUUGGUGGGAAGCACUUUGCCGCCGAGCUGCAUAUUGUCUAUUACAACUCGGACCUGUACCCCAACGCCAGCAUCGCCAGUGACAAGCCAGAAGGCCUCGCUGUCCUAGCUGUUCUCAUAGAGAUGGGCUCCUCCAAUCCAUCAUAUGACAAGAUCUUCAGUCACCUUCCAGAUGUAAAGUACAAAGGCCAAGAGGUGCACAUCCCGGGUUUCAGCAUUGAGGAGCUGCUGCCGGAGAGGCCUGAGCAGUACUACCGCUACAAAGGGUCCCUGACCACACCGCCUUGCCACCCCUCCGUGCUCUGGACAGUCUUCCGGAACCCUGUGCAAGUUUCCCGGGCUCAGCUGGUGAAGUUGGAAGAAGGCCUGUACUGCACAAAUGUGGAUGACCCGUCCCCCAUAGAGAUGGUCAACAACUUCCGGCAGGUCCAGAAGUUUGAUGAGAGGCUGGUGUACGUCUCCUUCCAACAAGUACAAGACCUUACCUACGCAGGACUGAGUCUGGGCAUCGCCCUUUCCGUGGCCCUGGCCGGCGUUCUCGGCAUCUGUAUCGUCCUGGCAGUAUCUAUUUGGCUUUUCAGAAGGAAGAAGAGUAGCAAAAAAAGUGAUAACAAAGGUGUCAUCUACAAACCGGCCACCAAGCAGGAGUCCGAGGCCCACGCCUGAGGCCCCGGCACGUCCAGGGAAGGACUCGGCUUUGGACGCUACACGCUAUGGCUCCCUGGAUGCUUCAAAUACCUGAGGGUUCUCUGGAGCUCAACCCACAAAGACCCCAGACCCCUGGGGGGUGUCCAGCAGGGUGCCCCGCCAUCUCGCUGCCCUGCCACCCUCUGUGGGAUCACGGAUGGGAAGAGCUCGCCAGGGAGGCGAGGACUCUGCGCUGUCUGCUUCCUCUGUGUGAGACCACUCAGAGGUCUGCAACCUGGGGGCACAAACCCACGUCGCCUGCCGGGGGCUGUGACUGGCUGGAAAACAUUUUCAUCCAGGGGUUCACUUGAGCCUGGUCUCAAGCGUCCUGGGAAUUCUGCUUGUUGUCCACGUUUUCAGACCAGAACGUGCUCUCUCUGCUCAGGCUUUGCUUUUGAGACUCGGUUUCUUUCCUCAGGGAAGGGCUUAUGGUCUGAUUUUCUUCAGCUGUGACAAAACCUUUAGUCUGACCUUACAACUGGGGGUUGGGGUGGAGGUGGGGGGAGGCGGGAACAGGAAGGUCAAGGCAUCAGUGGCAAAAAGAAAGCAAGAGAUAUUCCCAGAAAUACAGCAGAGGCAUUUUCCGAGUCCUGUCCUUUGCAGUCAAAUGCUCUGCCACUGAGCUCCACCCGCUCCCAGAGUCCUGUCCUUUGGCUCAGACGCACUGAAUGGAUCUUAGAGUGAGAAGACAUGUAAGAUCUGCAAGAGUCUCACUUUGGAAUCAGAAGUCACUUGUCAGGCCACAAGUGUCAGAAGGACAGACUAUUAAGCGCAACCCAACCUCCUGUCAGCAGAGCAGUUAUGUUUAAUACUCCACAGAUUUUUAAAUAACUAGGCUAUUCUUGAAAAUGUGUUGUUGCUUUCUGUCUCCCAGAGUGGACAUGAACUCUGAGAGGACCCAAACUGCUUCCGAAUCUAGAGGCAGCAGGCAGAUGCGAAAGGACUGAAGAGUCUCAUCUCUUCUGCCCAAAUUUCAUUUCUGCCACCUUUGCUGUGUCCCUACUGUCAUCCCGAAACUGGGACUUACCUACUUCUCUGACCUGGAGGAUGUCAAGUCGUGGCUGAGUUAAAAUAUAUUUUCAAGCUAUAAAAGCAGGAAGUUAUCUGUGCAGGGGGCUGGCACCAUGGUAUUUAGGGACCAGAGAGAGUGGAAUGUUUCAAGGAUGCUUCAUGGUCUUCCCCCCACAUCACAAAGGCAGUUUCUGAGAAGACUUCACUCCUUCGUCCUCCUCCCAUCGAUGUGUGAGCCCCGUGGAGAUCAGUCUGUUCCUCGGCUGAGGGGCCCCACCAUCAACCUCUCCCGCCUGGCACCUCGUGGUUCAGAGAAACUUCUGAUCCCCACUCUCAUCCUGAUGACACAGAAUGUCCUCUUGAAGCAUAGGUUUCUUUAGAACAUCUUUUCCCCUCUACUCCUCCCUCCGACUCUGAGAAGCCUUCCCCCUUCUCUACUUUCUGUAGUGACAGCAAGCCCUGUGUCUUUGCAGCUUGUCUGCUAGACAGAGUUGCAUGUGACCCCAUGGGGACUCAGAUGUGUGGGUGCAUGAGGCCGCUGAUGGCCUGCAGCCUGCGGUGGCCUCCCAGCAUUGCCAUUCGCACGCUAGCCUGAUGCUGGUCAGGUGACAGCAGGGACCACCCUCGGGAUGGAGCAGCGUGCGGGAGAUGAUGCCUCCUUGGCCUCAGCCCAAAGCUGCCAGUCAGAAACCAACUUAAACCACUCCAGAGCUGUGGGGCUGCCUUUCAAACAGCCCUCUACAGCUUUUGUGGGCAAAUUCUGUGAGCAGAGAGACCACUAUACCUGGCACAAUGGCUGUUCAUAAAAAGGGACAGCUACUGGGCCAGUGGGACAGUGACAUUUCCCCUGCCCUCUUCCCCCUCCGUGCAGCCCAGGCUCUUGGCCCUCUUGGCUGAGACCAAACAAACUGGGGAGGCAGAAGGCUUCGAAAUCAACACUGUCCACUGCCCUGCUAAUCUGUAGGGGGCUCCUGCGGGUCCCGCUGUGGAACUGGGAAAACUUUCCUCAGGGUCUCACUCACUCCUACGACACCAGCUGCCAGUCAAGGAAACCAGUGCGGUGGUGCUGAAGCCCCCCUGCCUCACACCCACCCUGGGGUCCCAGGCGCUGUGCUGGGUACACAGCAGGUGAGGGUAACAGAAACGAGGCCGGGCCUUGGCAGGGACUCGGGGAAGGCCCUGGCUUCUUUGCCUCUCACUAACAGGAGCUCAUCAGUCUCAUCUCCAUUUCUUUAGUAUCAACUAAUACAAACAAUAAAAACCAGAGGGGAGGGAGGGUAUAGCUCAGUGGUAGAGCGUGUGCUUGGCAUGCACGAGGUUCUGGGUUGAAUCCCCAGCAACCGGAUGAAAAAACACACACACAAACAAAAAAAAAACAAAACAGCAACAAAAAAAACCCCAGUAAAAACCUCUACCUGUUUCUGUAAUAGACAUUCUAGGAUUUUGCCACAUUGACUAUUAAUCCCAUUUAAGUUCCAUCUUAAAGUCUUCUCCCCUGCACUCAACUCUGAGGCUUCCUGACUGGCCCUUGGGAAACACGGAAAUCACAGCACCUUCUGUCCCUGUGCCUUGGGUGGACCACAGGCCACUGUAAUGAUGGUCCGUUAAGCACUUCUGUAUUUACUGUAAGAAUGAUUAUAAUGAAGACAUACACUGUAAAUACGAGAAAUUAUAAAUAAAAUGUUUUUCACGUCACAGUGA